GCCUGCCGCGCGGUAGCGCCUUGCCUCAACGGGCGCGCCGCCGCCCACGCGCCCCGCCCGGCUGGGCCAGGAGCUGCGGGCGAGGCCGUGGAGCCCGCCGGGCUGGCGCUGACGCCCUGGGCCCUGCAGGCGGGAGCGGAGGCGCGCCCGCCGUCGCCGGCACAGG